AUGUCUCACGAAUUCCUUCAGAAGACCUCCUCCUCCUCCUCCUCCACAGCAGCAACAGGAGCCACCCAGCGGGGAUCGCCCCUCCCCGAAGUAACGCUCAUCGUCGCAGCCACGGCGCAGCACAUGGGCAUCGGCCGCGCGGGAAGCCUCCCCUGGCCGAUGCUGAAGAGGGAGAUGGCCUACUUUGCGCGUGUCACGCGCCGUCUGCCACCACCGGUGGUGCCCCUCAAGAGUGAGAGUGGUGGUGGUGGGGUGAUGAACAAUGAUGAUGAUGAUGAUGCGAGGAGGAAGAAGAAGAAGAAGAACGCGGUGGUCAUGGGCCGGAAAACGUGGGAGAGUAUCCCCGAGCGGUUCAGGCCGCUUCCGGGAAGGUGGAAUGUCGUUCUUUCUACGAGGGGGGCUACCACUACUACUCCUACUACUGGGGGGGAGGGGGCGGCUGGCGGUGUUCCCGAGGCGGUCACGGCGCAGUCGCUAGAGGAAGCGCUGGCCUAUCUCCGGGACGUGAAGCAGAAAAAAGAGGGCGGCGGGCUAGGCAGGGUGUUUGUCAUUGGCGGCGCGCAGAUCUACCGCGCUGCGCUGGAGAUGAUACAGGCGAGGCGGGUGCUGCUGACCCGGGUGCGCACCGACUUCGAGUGCGAUACCUUCUUUCCCCUGAAGUUGGAUGAAGACGGCGCUCCCGGGUGGAGGAGGGCCAGUCAGGCCGAGAUGGAUGCGUGGGUUGGCGAGGAAGUCCCCCGGGGCGUGCAGUCCGAGGCGGGCACCGAGUACGAGUUCGAGAUGUGGGAACGGGUGGACUGA